GCUCUCCACAUUGGUGUGGCUGGAUAUUAUUAUACCAAAAAUGAAGAACAAGUUUGUUCUUGCUUUCUUUCUCAUUCUUUCGUUCUUUCUUGUUCAAAUCUAUGGCAGAAAGAAGCAAACAGAAGCACUUAGCCAUCUCUCCAAUGCCAAGUUCAGAGGCAAUUCUGGAAUAGACAUGAGUCAUUUUAAGGCAGUUGAACUUGUAAAUUCUAAAUCCAAGAUUCAUUAUCAUCCUGAUGAUAUUGGCUCGAAAGAGAAUGACAGAAUUGUGAGAUUGCCUGGACAACCUAAUGUAAGAUUCUCUCAGUACGGUGGUUAUGUCACCGUCGAUAAGUCCGCCGGCCGGGCUUUUUACUAUUAUUUUGUCGAAGCUCAGCACUCCAAGGACUCUUUGCCUCUUCUUCUCUGGCUUAAUGGAGGCCCUGGUUGUUCAUCUUUGGCUUAUGGGUUGAUGCAAGAGCUUGGACCAUUUCGAGUAUAUAGUGAUGGCAAAACACUUUACAAGAACCACUUUACAAGAACAGGAUUUUCAUGGAAUAAUGUUGCAAAUGUUCCGUUUCUGGAGUCUCCUGUUGGAGUAGGCUUUUCAUACUCAAACAGGACAUCAGAUUAUGAGAAUUCUGGCGAUAGAUAUACAGCAACAGAAAAUUAUUUGAUUUUGGUAAAUUGGCUUCAAAGAUUUCCAGAAUAUAAAGGAAGAGAUUUCUACAUUUCUGGAGAAAGCUAUGCAGGCCAUUAUGUUCCUCAGCUUGCACAUACCAUCCUUUACUACAACAAGAAGGCCAAAAAAACUAUUAUCAACCUUAAGGGUAUUUUAAUUGGGAAUGCAGUGAUUAAUGACAAAACUGAUAAUAUAGGAAUGUAUGACUACUUCGUUGGACAUGCCCUAGUUUCAAAUGAGGCUGUCAACAAUAUUAAGAAGCAUUCUGACUUCUCCCCCAAUGCCACAACUCAGUCUGCUAUUUGCAUUUCAGCUAAUAAUCAAAUUGAAAGAGACAUUUCUUAUCUUGAUAUAUACAAUAUUUAUGCUCCUCUUUGCUUCAGUCCAACUACCACAGCCAAACCCAAGAUUGCUUCAUUGGAGAAUUUUGAUCCAUGCAGUGAUUAUUAUGUGCAUGCUAGUGUAACAAAACUUAAACAUGAUUGGGAGCCCUGCAGUGACGUCAUCGGCCAAUGGUUAGAUAGCUCUGCUACUGUUCUUCCACUUGUACAAGAGUUCAUGGUCAAUGGACUUCGUGUAUGGAUAUAUAGAGGGGAUACAGAUGGAAGAGUACCCUUUACUUCAACUAUAUAUUCUAUUGAUAAGUUGAGUCUUCCUAUCAAAACUGAAUGGCAUCCUUGGUACCUCAAAGGAGAGGUUGGAGGAUAUACACAAGUUUACUAGGGAGAUUUAACAUUUGCAACAGUUAGAGGUACAAGUAACUUCAAAGGAAUUGCAAUAGGAAAUGCAGUGAUAAAUGAUGAAACUGAUACUCUAGGAAUGUAUUCUUUCUUUACAACCCAUGUUUUAUCUUCACCAAAAACACUGCAAAAAAUAAAAAAACACUGUAAUUUCUCACCUAAGUAUAUCAACCAUCCAUCCAAAGAGUGCAGAGCAGCUAUUGAGAAGGCUGACAAAUAUUCUCAAGCUGUUGACAUUUAUAACAUUUAUGCUCCUUUGUGCUUUGAUGAGAAUAUCACAGCUCACCCCAAGAAGGCUUCACUGGAUAAUUUUGAUCCAUGCAGUGACUAUUAUGUGCAUGCCUAUUUCAAUAGGGCUGAUGUGCAAGAAGCUUUGCAUGCCAAUGUCACUAAGCUUGAUCAUGAUUGGGAACCAUGUAGUGAUAUUAUUGAUAGGUGGACAGAUAGCCCUUCAACAAUUCUUCCCUUGCUCAAGGAGUUCACGAAAAAUGGAGUAAGAAUCUUGGUUUAUAGUGGUGAUACGGAUGGAAGAGUACCUGUUACUUCUACUCAAAAGUUGAAGCUUCCUAUUAAAACUGAAUGGUACCCUUGA